CGUAUUCUUGACUUCAACCAACUACCCAUCCCCUAACCCCGUAGAGCAGUCCAAGCUUUUAUCUCACACACGUUUAGCGUACAGCCUUGGUGUUCCUUGACAUCAUUAUGGAAUGAAGCUUUUAUGCUACCACCUUAAUUCCUGGGCCUCCUCCCAAACCCAUCAUUGCUGCAAUAACAUCAUAGAACCCAACUUUGAAGACAUCUUUCCUUGAUUUGUGGUGCUGUUGAGGGGGAAGACUGGGAGAGUUGCCUUUUUUCUUGGUUGAUUUUGGGUGCAAUUAGAGGUGGGUGUGGUUUAAUUGGCUUAAAGGUUGAAUCUUUGGCUUAGAUUUCUGUGGUUCAGUUCUGGGUUUUGAAGGGCAGCCAUGGAGGGGGAGAAUGGUGGUGUGGAUUCCAGGUUGAAGAUGGAAGAGUAUGAUGUGGUAGAGCAGAUUGGCAAAAGGGUUUAUGGAACAACAUUUCUUCUUUUUCAUAGAGCUGAGAAAAGGAAGUAUGUUCUAAAGAAGAUUCCUUUGGCAAAACAGAAUGAGAUGACCAAGCGGGCAGCAUAUCAGGAGAUGAAUUUGAAUGCAAAACUUAAGCACCCGUACAUUUUAGAGUACAAAGAUGCUUGGGUGGAAAAGGGAAGCAAUAUAUGCAUCAUUACCGACUACUGUCAAGGCGGAGAUAUGGCAGAGAUAAUAAAAAAAUCCAAAGGAGCAUUGUUCCCCGAAGAGAAACUGUGCAAAUGGUUGACUCAACUAUUAUUAGCCGUUGAUUAUCUGCAUUCCAAUAGAGUCCUUCAUAGAGAUCUGAAGAUGUCCAACAUUUUCAUCACAAAGGAAAAUGAUGUCCGUCUUGGUGAUUUUGGAUUUGCAAAACUUCUGGACGCAAAAGGGGUCACUUCCUCAGUCGUUGGUACUCCAAACUACAUAUGCCCCGAGCUCCUUGCGGAAAUGCCAUAUGGCUAUAAAUCUGAUAUAUGGUCACUCGGUUGCUGCAUGUUUGAGAUUGCGGGACAUCAACCACCGUUUAGAGCUCCCGACAUGUCGACCCUCAUCAAUAAGAUAAACCGGGGUACUUUAUCGCCACUUCCUAUUGUAUAUUCCUCCACCUUGAAACAGAUUAUAAAAACGAUGCUAAGGAAGAGUCCCGAAAACAGACCAACAGCAGCGGAAUUGUUGAGGCAUCAGCAUUUGCAACCUUACCUUCUUCGAUGCCAGAACCUCUCCUCGGUGUUUCUCCCCGUGAAGUCUCCAAACACUCCAAAGGAGAAAUCGGGAAAGCCUUCUCCUAGCAGCUCGAGCAGUGGCAAAGACAGCAAACGGGGACAGCUAAAGUUAAAAGAUAGUAUACCGGUUUUCUCGCUCGAUCCAAAUCCCGACGUUCAACCGAGCAGCCUACGAAAGAGUAGUGACCCUAUAGAAACCACGCUCGAGACUAAGAGAGUUGAUCGAACGAGCUGUUCUCCAAAGUUCUCCGAAUACAGCGAUGAAUCCUUCAUCGGGGACACAUUUGAGAUAACUAGCAACGAGAAUGGCCACAUUGACUUAUUCUCGGUUAAGGAAAGGUUAAGCAAGCCACAGUCCUCGGCUUCCGUCAUGCCAAACUCGAACACCGAAGAGCAGAAGGAAACGGAACAACUCGAGAUGUUGGGCAGUUCAAACGGUGCUGGGAAAGCAGAAAACGUUGAGAAAUGUAGAGAAGUUUCACUCGACUGCAUUUCAGUGAAAAGCCCGACACAACAGGAAGUUGAUAUGUUAAAGUGCUCGAAUAAGGCUGAGAAAGACGGGAAUCAAGUGAGUGCUGAUCAGGCUUUGUUGCUGAGUAAAUUAACUGCGUUGAGCAAGGGCAAAGACGAGUGGGGAAACCCAACGAAACAAAGAGCCGAUGCUUUGGAGUCUCUUCUUGAGCUCUGCGCUCAGCUAAUUAAACAGGAAAAGCUCGACGAGCUCUCGGGUGUGCUUAGACCAUUUGGAGAAGAAACAGUUUCGUCCAGGGAAACCGCGAUCUGGUUGACAAAAACCCUCAUGGGUUCACAAAAGUUGCCAAAAGGGUCAUAAUUGUGGUUUACCCCAAUGCACUACUUUUGUAAAAAUUAGAGCUUUUCUUGUUGUUUACAUGGUUUGACAUAUAAUUUGUUUCUGGGGAGUUUUAUUUUAGCACUCUGAAGGAUUGGAUUCAUGGGACAGCUAGGAUCUUUUUUUCUUUCUUUAAAAAAAAUGUUUUUGUUGUUGAGAUUGGAAGGAUUAUGUGCCAUGUAAAUCAGGAUGAACUAAGUCACUGUAAGAGGUUGAUGAUAUUGACUAUUGAGCUUUGUUUGGUUUGCAUCA